CGGGUCUCUCCUCUGGGGACGACGAGCUCCAACGGGCCGCCGAUGGAGCUGCAGCCGACGAACAGACGCAUGCUGGAGCUGAGCUACAGACGCCGCCCCUUCUGAACGAAACAGUCCAGGCGUGCUGGGAGCAGCGCGGGCAUGGGGGACGCGGGAGAGUCCAAGAUGCUGACGAUGAGGAGGAUGAGGGUCUCCGUGUAGUCAAGGAAGCGGCUUCAACACCUUCUGCUUAGAACGCUUCACCCACGCUGACCUGGACCAUGAGCAAUGAUUCGCCCGCUCUGACAAUUCUGACUGAGAACCCGACCGAUGUGCCUGUGUCGACGGACCAGGUGGAAAAUUAUGUGCUGCUCUUGGUGCUGCUGAGUGUUUUCGCUGGGGGGACGCUGAUUUUGCUCUCCCUGCUGCUGCUCUUUUGCCACCGCUGCUGCAUGGGUGGGCGCCGCUACUCGAGAGCUAGUGAUGACCCUGAGAAGACAAACACGACUUACGUUGAAGAUUCUCAGCCCACCCAAGAGAUCACCAUCCGUCUGGACGAAACGGACGCGCUCUCGGCUUCCAGCUGCCACGACGGCGAGUCGGAAAGAUUUGUUUCCACCGGGCUGACGGGCCGCAGAGUCUCCUUCAACGAAUCCGCUCUGUACGAACAGGAGAGGAUGACGGAGGACAAAGGGCGCAGAUACACUCUGACCGAGGGGGAUUUUCACCAUCUGAAGAAAGCUCGGCUGACUCACCUCCACCUGCCGCCGGCGCCGUGUGACCUCAAGAUCCUCACCAUCAUGGAGUGUGACUCAGCCGAGAGCAGUUCUGUCAACAUCAGUGAGGUGCCAACUCCCAAACUCCCUCUCACCAUCUACCAGCCACCAGAGAGAAGAGUAUCUGACUGGUUGGGUCAGAGACUCAGCGGAGGUUUGCCAGGAGAUACACAUCACUCCGUCGUCUUGGACCAGAUUGCCAGGAGGGGCUCUCUGACCUUGGAGGCUCUUGGGGGCAGCGCAGAGGCUCAGAUUGAUCACGUGAUCAGGGGAGAGAGCACCCACGCUGCCGGCCAGACUUCGGUUCUACAGUUCUUGUCAAAACUGAGGCGUCACACCAGCCUGGAGGGAGCUGGCCCCUAUUUCAAGCGUUGGAAAUUUGAAAGGAGCCACCGGGCCGCCAGUCUCGAUGCCAAAGGAUCCCCAAAGAGAAGACCCUUCCAGAGACAGAGAGCAGCAAGUGAAACCACUGACCAUGCUGAGGAUGACUCUUCUGUCUGCAAGGAUGCCACAGGGUCUUUCCCGCAAACUCCCAGCCAGACCAGUGGCCUCCAGUCUCUGUCUGCUGAGUCCCUGCCUCAACCUUCCAUGAGUCCAAACACCUCUGCCUGCCUCCACAGGCUAAAUCUGGAGGCCGUGGGGGUGGAGGUCAGUGCUGUCAGCAGCAGGAAAGAAGAAUCACCUUGGCAAACAGAUGAUUCCGCCGUGCAGAGACAAACGAGCAUCUCGGGCAACGAACCGGGAGGAGAGGAGGGAUUAAAACCAGAUGCAGUCACAAGGAUGGACAGUGACAGGAUUGAGUCUGACCCUCUAGAGGAGGACGACUUGUUUGAGUCACGACACGAAGCAAAAGUCGUUCAGUUUGAAGACUCGUCCAGGAAAACAGCAGAUUCUGAUCUGAAGCCAAAUUGUGAGAUGGAAAUAGAUGAAGGAGAAGAAGGGCUGUUGGGAAUUGAGAGCAGACCGAGGGCUGAUUCAGGUUCUUCGCUUUCCUUCGGGCUCCGGCAAGAGACCUUAGAGGCUCAACCAUCACUCUACAGAGACAUCUGGAGCUUGCGAGCCUCCCUCGAGCAAUACGCAUCCUCGGACCAAAGCAGCACCGACCGGGAGUCCGUCCGCAGCGAUGCUGAAAGCGUGUCAUCGCUGGGUUGUGCUGGAGCCCGUAGUGGACACCUGGAUAGUUGCUUGUUCCAAGACUUGGACGAUGAGCCUGAUGUGGAAGGGGAGGUGGCUGAUGGUAGCGUCAGAGGGGCAUCGGGUGGGGCCGGCGAGACAGGUAAUGGAGUUGAUGGCGAAGGCGAGGUGGGUAACCGCAAGCUCCUUCAGAUGGAUAGUGGCUAUGCCUCAAUUGAAACGCCAUCCAAGGGGCCCGAGGAGAUGCGCAUUUUUGGGACUCCUGCAGCUCCUCGCGGGAAGACGGCCUCAGAGAGGAGAUUGUUCUUCACCAGCUCAGGGAGAAAAGGUUCAGUGUGCGAGAGCACUGAGACUAGAUUGUUCCAGGAGGAGCUGGAAGAGGAUUUAACCGAAAGCACAGAGGAGAAGCACAAGGGCAGUGUCUCGCUCCAAGAAACAUAUCCGCUUGUCAAAUUAUUUCAUCCUCAGAAACAAGAAGCCCUGUCGCACGUAACAUCUCAGCUGUUGAAGCCAUCCUCUCAACCCUCUAGUCCUCACCGACCUCGCCUACACCGCCGCGACUACAGCAUCGACGAGAAGACGGACGCGCUUUUCAACGAGUUCCUCCGACACGACCCGAGGUUUGACCAGCCGGAUUCGCCAUUUCGAACCCGCCAUCGCUCGAGGGUGCACCUGCGGAAGCAGUGGCAGAGACACAAGCAAUACAGCGACCCCGGAUCGGGGGGUCGCUACUCGCCGUCUCUGGAGAGGCAGAGGUUCACUCCGCUGCCGAGAGGCAACAGCGCCAGUUACCCUCUGGACACCAGGUAUCACAGCACACUGUCGCGCAUCGCGAGCGCAGCGGAUGAAGAAGCCAACGAGAUUGCGGCCUGCGAGGAGGCGGCCAAAGAGAGCGCAGCGGAUGCGUCCGGUGACGGAGCCACUUCAGAGAUUAUAGCCAAUGUGACUGUGACUGGCCAGACUGACGGUCAGCAAUCUUCUUUCAACACUAAAAGCACAAGCAGUCAGCAGCCAACGCUCGGCAUGGACCCCCGAGUCGAAAACAGGAACAACAACAGCACUCCGUCUAGCAGCCUGACAGACAAACUGACGGCGGCGCUGGAGGAGAGGCUCUACAGUAGCCUGCGGAGGUCCGAGCUCAGCCAGAGAGGAACCGAAAACGUGGUUGCCGCCACUCAAACCGCCUCGCCUGACCGCAGUCCAAUGUAAUCCUGUCAUAUCCAUAACCCGGAUGUAGUCUGCGUGUGUCGUAUCAUAAAUGCAGUAAAACCCCGUUAAUUGCGGGGUUCCAGACCCACCCACAAUACCUGGAAAUCUGCAAUAGUGACCACAAAAUAACGUUGUUUUUUUUUUUUUUUUUGUAGCUCUAAACCUCCCACAGACUCUUAACAACAUUUAAACAUAUGAAACUACACAAACUUAUUAAAAAAAAAACCUCUUCUCAUUCUCCAGAUCCCACGACUUCAAAUUAGAGGCAACGUGUGCUUGCUUCAAGCGCGUUGCUUUCUCUCAGUUGAUGUUUACUGUAAAACUGACACCACAAUGUUCAACCAAACCACAUAAAUGCAUCUAACAAAAGUCCACUAGCUUGAUGCUAUCAUAUACUGAGACACACCAUAGACGGGCUAGCGUAAAUUAGCAUCUAGCAUAACCAUAAACCUUCAAACAGCAGCUACUUAAACGCACACAGAGCGGCGACACAUGACAAGGGAGCACGCAACCCUCACGGGCAUAGAUUCCCUCAGCGACGAAGAGAAAAAUCUGCGACGAACCGCUAAAACGGGGGAAGACUGUACUAUAAACUUAGCUGAAGGACUCUGCCGGCAUUUCCUCUCAGACCUUAAUUUCCACUGUGAUGCCAUGUGCUGUGACAUGUGACACCCCUUUUUAUCUGCUCGACAUAUUGCACAGAAUAACACAGCGCCUCCCUCUUUAGAGAAAUAUUUUGAAGUUUAUCGCAUGCUACUAUUACUACUACUACUACCACUACCACUACUACUACUGCUAUUAAUGUGUGUCCGAAACUAUGUGUAAGUGAAAGACUGUACGGUUUUAAACUUAAAAAAAAAAAAAAAAAAAAUCAACAACAAAAAGCACUUUGUUAGGAAGGCACGCCCAUGUUCCCAUUUCUACCAUGAACAGUCCAGAAGAUCCUCCGCAAGUGUCCUUCUUGUUUCCGUUUAUGCGAGGGAGAAUUUGGCAAAAGGUCCACUUCAAACCCUGCCAGCGUUUGCACUUCUCUCUUAUUAACAACAGCGAAGAGUGUUUUGUGCACAAUGAAGGCAAUUCAGGUCAAGUGUUGGAUGGAUUUUUGUUUUUUUUUUAAGAAACGUUGCCAUAAAAUGCCAUGCGGAGAAAGACAAUUCCAAAACAAUUCAGCCGGCGCCAUUGUGCUGUGGACCUUUUAAAUUCUCAUGACUGGUUGAAAACAUUUGCGCUACCGACCCGCGCAAUCCAGCGCUGGUGCUCAAAGGCCAAAUUACACUUUUAAAAUGGACAACUCGUUCGUGGAUACGGUUGUAAAAAUAUACGAAAGGUGCCCGCGAUGGAUGGAUGCAAAAUGCAGAUUUGAAUAACAUAAAAACAUUCUCAUUUUUUUCAUUUUUGUAUUCCUAAAUUCAAUCACAAGAAAAUCAUUAAUCCAUUCAUGGGCAGGGUGGCAAUUUUUUGCCUUAUUGAGCUCAAAGUCUCCUGACAGGCCACAAUCAAGGAAAUAACACUUCUUUUUCGUUUUUAUGAUAACUUUACUCAUUUAAUAAUCUCGCCCCAAAAAAUGGGACGCAGCCCGCGAGAAGGUAUUCGGGUUUUCUUAGAUACCAAAUUAUGGCUUCGGAUUAAAACACUUAAAUAUUUGGAUAUACUGAAGGAUAUAAUGCGUGAAAAUCAUGAUGUCCCAAAAAUGGGACGCUGCCCACGAAUGAGUUUUUAAAAGGGUGUCAUGAUUUAUAUGUCAUUAUUUUAGUCAUGAAAUAUGUACUUGUUAGUCAACCAAUUGUAGGAGAGGGGAGGAAAAAAAAACGUAUAGCGUAUAAUUUCAGUUGCAUUAAUUGAAACCUAAACGUUACCAAGGAAACGAUUCAUGGAAGUCUUCCUCAGUUUGAAUGUAGUCAAGUUAAAUCAACGUCAUUUGUUGUACGGCAAUGUUUCUUUCUUUUUAAAAAAAAAAAAAAUAUCAUACAAUUAUAAAGAUAAGUUAACCACUGUAUAAUGUAUCUAAAGUGAAGUAAAACAGGUGGAACAGUGGAUCAGCUGGUAAAGCGCUGGCCUCACAGUUCUGAGGACCCGGGUUCGAUCCCGGACCCGCCUGUGUGGAGUUUGCAUGUUCUCCCCGUGUUUGCGUGGGUUUUCUCCGGGUACUCCGGUUUCCUCCCACAUCCCAAAAACAUGUAACAUUAAUUCUACACUCUAAAUUGCCCCGAGGUGUGAUUGUGAGUGCGAAUGGUUGUUCAUCUGUAUGUGCCCUUCGAUUGGCUGGCAACCAGUUCAGGGUGUACCCCGUUGACAGCUGGGAUAGGCUCCAGCACUCCCUGCGACCCUCAUGAGGAUAAGUAGCAAAGAAAAUGGAUGGCUAAAGUAAAACAGACAUGAAGGUGUGAAAAGGAAAAUGUUUGGAUAGCAAUAAUGUCAUCUAUGGCCAAUUUAAUAUGAAUAUUUCCUGAAUUCUAUUGCACAUAUUCUACAAAACCGCCACACCAUUUGGCAAUCAUGCAAAAAAAAAAAAAAAAACCCCAACAACAUUGAUAUUCUUAUCGUCAUCCUUCUAAAACCAUGCAUGUUAUUUUAAUGGAAACUCUCAAUUGUCCAUAGGUGAGGAUAGUUGUUUUUCUGUAUGUGGGAUUGACUGGGGGCCAAUCCAGUGUGUAUCCAGGAAAAAAAAUCGUCUUAAUUUCAUGGAAGACAAAAUCAGUGGUGUCAAACUCAUUUUUGUUGUAGGCAUUGUAGUUAGCGUUGCCGUCAAUGGGACGUAGUUACUUUGAAUCAUGAAAAAUGUUUCAUCGUCUUCAACGCAUAUUAAACUAUACGCAGCAAUUUUAUGGAGAACUCGUUUUGAUUGCAGAAGUGAAGGAUAAUGGUUCGUUCACCUAUUGUUUAAGUUCCUGCACACAAAAAAGGGCUUUAUUUGCAAUAUCUCAGCAUUAUUAUUGAUUAUUUAUUCAUGUUUAUUUAUUAAAAGUUGGCACAGAUUUUAUAACAAUAAUCAGGAAGUUAGCAGGGUUAGGCUCCGGCACUCCCGUGGAAAACGGAUGCAUGAACGGUUGAAAUUUGAUGCACAUCAUUUCAUUUCACGGAGCCCGUAUAAUGAGGUGACCAGUCAGAUUUGGCACCCCAGCCCUCGAGUUUGACACCUGUGAUCUCGAUUUUUCCACGGCCCGCGAUUGUCCGGCAUCCGGUCCAGGCUCUCGCCCAAAGACUUGCGACCCUACAGAAGAAAGGCAGCUUCCAAAAUGGACGACGGCCGAACGGCGUCGCUCGUCUCGAAUGGCUUCCCCCACAUGGACAGAUGUAGCGCGUCAUUUGUCAUGGCGGCCAUUGGCGCGUGAGACCCACGUGUGACAGGAAUGUCAAUGACGUCGAGUGGGGCCACUCAUGUCAGCACGGAAGGUUGCUAGCUGGUGAGCGUGCGCGUCUCGUCUUCUGUGCCGCGCUCACGUUGAAGUAGCGGCUUUAUAGUCGGGGGAUGAGUCAUGCAGAAAUUACAUCCAUUAUCCAUGAUAAAUACCCUGAAGGACAAUCUGACGCACAACUUCCUUUGUCCAAAUAUACAUCUUUUUUUUUGUCUAAAGAAACGUUUGCCGCCUUUUACUGUUCAACAUUAUUCUGUGAAAGAGACAUCUGCGUGGAUAUAUAUAUCUAUAUAUCUAUAUAUAUAUAAAAUCUACACACCCCUGUUCAAAAGGCAGGUUUUUUUGUGUUACAAAAAAUAAGACCAAGCAAAAUAAUUAGGAAAACAUGUUUUUCACCUCUAAUUUAACGUAUAACCUUCACAGAACAAUUGAAAAGAAACUGUCAAAUUAUUUUGUAGAAGUAAAAAUAACUCGAGCUUUGAGUUGCAAAAGUGUGCACACCCACAUAUGACGGGAUACGGCAGGGUUCAGAAUGAAUCGCAUUCAAAGUCAUGUCAAAUGGGAAUCCCCGCGCAUCUGCCACCAUCUAAAAGUGCCUCUGAUAAACCCCCAAUGAAGUUCAGAGGUUCCAGGAGGCUUUUCCUGUCAUUUUUGGAGCCACAUCAUAUUGCACAAGAUUCCAUUAUCAGUCGAGUGAAGGGUAUUAAAUAUAUCAUGGCACAUCGUGACGACAGUCGGCAUCAAUUGGAGAAGAUCUGGCACAACAGUGACGUGGGCGAGAAGAAAACUGGUCAGGGAGGCUGCCGGCAGCGUCGAAUACGCUGCAGGGAAUUUCUGUGCAUUUAGUACGUGACAACACUUUCAUAUCCGCGUCAUGUGGUCGGCUGGCAAGAGGGAUUCUCAAAAGUGUGCAGUAAUAUACUCGGUCCCUCUUCUUGUAGAAUCCCAGCCUUGUACUUGUUUAGGUUCAAUACAUUUACAUUUUUUUCCAUCAUCAUUUACUUUAUUUGAUUCAACUAUGUGCUAUGUACUACAAUGAAAAUUUAUUUUUUCGGCCAUUUUCCACUGUCCUUUAUCUAACUGCAGUAAUGUUCCAAAUGUGCAUGUUACGGUGGCAUAUAAGAAAAAUUCAGCAUUUGCUAUUUAGAAAUAAA